CUGAGAGCCGGUGGCCUCAGCCCGGGUGACUACGGGCCCCAGCAAGCGCUGCGCCUGCACCUGGACCCGGAGGCUGCGGGAGCGAGAUGGCGGCUCCGGAGCCCGUCGCCCCCCAGGGCCGUGCGUGUUAGGUCUUGCCCUCCAGCUCUUUUCCAACCCCCCCCCCCGUACACCCGGAAAGAACUCGCGUUUCUAGGCAACAGUCCCACACGGAUUGUUCUCGCUGUGGCCUUGGGCUCGUUCUCAUAGCGCCCUGGAGGCCCUGAGAGGGAAGCCUGACUUGGUGCUGCAGCUGGAACCCGCGGCUAGGUGAACGGGUCCUUCGGCAGCGACAAGUGCGACACUGACCGCCCCAUGCCCGCGGGCGCGGGGAGGCGUUGCCGCCCCCAGGGCAGCCACCUCUGCUGGUUGCUGUGCGCUUUCACCUUAAAGCUCUGCGAAGCAGAGGCUCCUGUACAUGAUGAGAAGCAGUCAGUGAGCACCUCAACUUUGCCAUGCUGGCUGGUGGAAGAGUUUGUGGUCGCAGAAGAGUGUACUCCGUGUUCUAAUUUCCAGAUUAAAACCACCCCUGAGUGUGGUUCCACAGGGUAUGUGGAGAAAAUCACAUGCAGCUCAUCUAAAAUGAAUAGAUUCAAAAGCUGCCGUUCAGCUCUGAUGGAGCAACACUUAUUCUGGAAGUUUGAAGGGGCUGUGGUCAGUGUGGCUGUGUUCUUUGCUUGCCUUGUUAUCAUUCGUCAGCGGCAACUGGACAGAAAGGCUCUGGAAAAGGUCCGGAAGCAAAUUGAGUCCAUAUAGCUGCAUUCCACUCUAUUAUUCAGGGUCUGCAAACCAUGUCUCAAACAGAGAAGUGCCGUGAGGACUGAUUCCACACAGUUUUUGAAGCCUUGUGCUGGUAGCCCCUUUCCCUGGCUUCCUUUUCCAAAUCAUUAAUGAGCACAAUAAAAAGACUGAAAUCCAGCUGGGCAUGGUGGUACACACUUGUAAUCUCAGCACUCAGGAGACUGAGGCAGGAGAAUCCUGGUUAAGUAUGAAGACAGAUUGAAUCAUCACACAGCAAGACCCU